AGAAACUAGCAGAAAGCUUGUUGGAGGUAGAGAUAAAAAAAUAUUCUACGUAUCAAGAGAAAAUUAGGAUAUUUUAACUCAAGUAUAAACAGAUUCCGAAACACUCUGAUAGAAUGAGACGAUCGAACAUGCAGGAAUCCAAGUAUCUUGUUUGUAAAUCUUGGGAAAAGACGAAAGAAGUUCUUCACCUGAAUUCAGAAGUUAUAGGAGUGUCCAAAUUGCUAGACUUAGCGCAAAAAGCUUUCGGAAACAAACCCACUAUUUCUUCAUUAUCCCAUCCAUUUUUUGUAAUUGAGGGCUUAGACGGGACUGGAAAAUCAACCGUUGUAAAAGGUUUGUGUAAAGACUUGAAUGCAACAGGUGCACAAACUCCUCCACCGAACUUACUUGAAAUUCGAUCAACUUUUGACAAACUGGAUACUCAACUUAAAAGAGCUUACUAUUCGACUGGUAAUUAUUUAACGGCCCAUUACCUACAACAACUUUGCCAAGAACGCGUCGUUGUGAUGGAUAGAUUUUGGCACAGUACUGCCGCUUAUACUAUUUCGGAAACCUGCUUUUCAAAGCAGGAAGAACUUCCCGAACCUGGUGAUGAGAUUUACAACUGGCCCGAAGAUCUUCUAAAGCCUACAGCGGUCAUAUUCCUAAAGGUAUCGGAGGAGGAACGUUUAAGACGUAUCUACUCUCGAGAUGGCGACAAUAUAACUGUGGAGGAGAGUCAAAUAUCUAAAAAUUCUCUUUUUAGAAAUAUGAUUGCGGAAUCCUACAGACGUAUGAGUAAUCCUGGCGUAAUAGAAGUUGACGCCAACGGAUCACAGGAGGAAGUUACCGCUAGAGUGGUGCAAGCCUUAAAGACUUUUAUUUAGUUCAAUAACACGUUCCAUUCUAAUUGUUAUUUUAUCUUAAAGGACCUAUCUAUCAUCUUUCUUUCUAACUAAAAAUUUGCAGUUAUAGUUAUAUAUAUAUAUAUAUAUAUAUACAGUAUGUAUAUUAUAUAUUUUCUCAAUUGCCAUCACAACGUAUGAAAAAUUAGGCUUUUAAAAAAGAAAAUUAAUUAAAAAGUACAAAUUAAAACCUUGAUAAAAAAGUAUAAUACGGUUUUUAAUUAUCUCUUUUUUCUAAUUCUAUUACAUAAAUGAUUUUCGCAUCAGAAAUCUUGUGAAUUUUUAAUAAAGGAAAAACAAAAUCGCUUUUAACCUUUUGAUAUUUUUUUUAGAAUAACACCACGGUAAAUUAGUUGAU